AUGACUUUGUUUCUCUUUCCCUCUUUCCUCUCUAAGCUGAUUGUGGCCCUUAGUAAUUCCAGCUGGAGGCUGCCCCACCCUUCUUUCUUCCUGGUAGGAAUUCCAGGUUUAGAGGAAAGCCAGCACUGGAUAGCAUUACCCCUGGGUGUCCUUUACCUCCUUGCUCUAGUGGGCAACAUCACCAUACUCUUCAUUAUCUGGACUGAGCCAUCCUUGCAUCAACCUAUGUACCUCUUCCUGGCCAUGUUAGCUGCCAUCGACCUGGUUCUGGCUUCCUCCACUGCACCCAAAGCCUUUGCAGUGCUCCUGGUUCAUGCCCAUGAGAUUGGGUUCACUGUCUGCCUCGUCCAGAUGUUCUUCAUACAUGCGUUCUCCUCCAUGGAGUCAGGGGUACUUGUUGCGAUGGCCCUGGAUCGCUAUGUUGCCAUUUGUCAUCCUCUGCACCAUUCCACUAUCCUGCAUCCAGGCAUUGUCGGGCGCAUAGGAGUGGGAGUGCUUCUGCGGGGAUUAUUCCUCCUCAUCCCCUUCCCUAUCCUGUUGCAGAGACUUAUCUUUUGUGAAGCCAAUGUCAUAGGGCAUGCCUAUUGUGAACAUAUGGCUGUUGUGAAACUGGCCUGCUCAGAAACCACAGUGAACCGAGCUUAUGGGCUGGCUGUGGCACUGCUUGUGGUUGGACUAGACAUCCUGGCCAUUGGCAUUUCCUAUGCCUACAUCCUACAGGCAGUGCUGAUGAUACCAGGUGGUGAGGCCCGAAUUAAGGCCUUUAGCACAUGUGGAUCCCACGUUUGUGUCAUCCUGAUUUUUUAUGUCCCUGGAAUAUUUUCCUUCCUGACUCACCGCUUUGGCCACCAUGUACCCCAUCACAUCCAUGUUCUUCUGGCCACACUCUAUCUCCUUGUACCUCCUGCACUCAAUCCUCUUGUCUAUGGGGUGAAGACUCAACAGAUCCGCCAGCGAGUAAUCAGGGUGUUCUGCAGAAAAGGAACGAUGUGA